GCUGCCGCCAUGUCUGCCCGCCUACAAUGGGUGGUCGUGCAGAACUGCUCCAGCUUCCUGAUCAAGAGGAAGAAGCAGGUGUACAUCACAGAGUCCAAUAAGCUGAAGGCUCACAACUCCCUCUGCUACAAGGGGCUGAUGCACCACCAGACUGUGGGCAUGAAGCCGGCAGCCAAGGGCAAAAGGGUAGUAGUGGUGGUCAUGAAGCGGAAAUCUCGCCAGUGAAAACCUGCCACAUCCUACGUGUGGACCACCGUCAACAAGAAUGCCUGGGCCCCCCUCAGCAGCAUCAGGUACAUGAUCCGCAAGAACAAGUACCACUCAGAUCUGCACAUGGCUGCCACUGGCAGAGUCAGCGCCAACCCCUGCAGCCACAAGCCCAUGAUAGUAA